AUGGCGUGGGACGGCGUGUUUCUCUGUUUCGAUGUCACGGACCGUAUAUCGAUGUACAACAUCAUUUCCUGGGUACGUUCCAGCCAUGGACGUAUCUGCAUCAUCUUUGGCCCCCCCCCCUCCCCCCCCUUUGGAAGAGACAAGAUGGAAAGAGAGAGACUGACGGACAGAACUGGACAGUGGCAUCACGCCGUCAUGGGAGGCUUCGUUAGCGGACAACCGUCUGUGCCGCUCGUUCACCUGGUGGGCACGAAGACAGAUCUGAGGAGGCGUCGUGACGGACGGUCCUCCCUAUUCUGGGCUGCUCCGGAAGAGGCUAGUUGGCAGGCGAAAAUGGCCGGUGCGCAUCGGUAUAUAGAGUGUUCGGCCCUCACGGGGGAAGGAAUACAUCUCGUCGUUGAUGAGGCUGCGCGGGAGGCGGCUACGAGGUCCGUCAGUCGGGAGGGAAGAUGA